CCCUCUCUCGGGUGCCUGAGGGCUAGGGGCCGAGGGGCAGCAUGGCCCAGGCGGCGGCCGCUGCGCCGCUAGAGGACUUGGACCUGAGCGGAGAGGAGGUCCAGCGGCUCACCUCGGCCUUUCAGGACCCGGAAUUCCGGCGAAUGUUUUCCGAGUACGCCGAGGAGCUCACGGACCCCGAGAACCGGCGGCGCUACGAAGCGGAGAUCACCGCGCUGGAGCGUGAGCGCGGCGUGGAGGUGCAGUUCGUGCACCCGGAGCCCGGCCACGUGCUGCGCACCAGCCUGGACGGGGCGCGGCGCUGCUUCGUGAACGUGUGCGGCAACGCGCUGGUGGGUCGGCCCACCAGCCGGCCCGGCUCGGGGGGCGCGGCGGCCGGCAGCCAGUGGUCCCUGCCGUACAGCCUGGCGCCCGGCCGCGAGUACGCGGGGGGCCGCGGCACCCGCUACACCGUCUACGACGUGGUCUUCCACCCAGACGCGCUGGCGCUGGCCCGGCGCCACGAGCGCUUCCGCCAGAUGCUGGACGCCACGGCCCUGGAGGCCGUGGAGAAGCAGUUCGGCGUGAAGCUGGACCACAGAAAUGCCAAAACCCUGAAGGUCAAGUACAAGGGGACCCCGGAAGCCGCGGUGCUGCGCACGCCCCUCCCCGGGGGCGUCCCGGCGCGGCCCGAGGGGGAGCUGGAGAGCUCUCUCCCCGCUUUCCCCUACCCCUACGGGCGCCCGGCGGCCGCCCGGAACUCCGCGCGCCGCGGGCCCCCGCCCUCCGCUCCAGAGGCGGUGCCGCAGCCCACCCCCACGGAGCCCCGCUACCGUGUGGUGCAGCGCCACCGCGUGGACCUGCAGGAUUACCGCUGCUCCCGGGACUCGGCCCCCGGCCCCGUGCCCCAGGAGCUGGUGGUCACCAUCGAGCUGCCGCUACUGCGCUCGGCCGAGCAGGCGGCGCUGGAGGUGACGGGAAAGCUGCUGUGUCUGGACUCGAGGAACCCCGACUACCAGCUGCGGCUCUCGCUCCCGUACCCGGUGGACGACAGCCGCGGCAAGGCGCAGUUCAACAAGGCCCGGCGGCAGCUGGUGGUCACGCUGCCCGUGGAGCGGCCCGCGGCGCGCCCGGAGCUCCCAGCUGCGCCGGAAACGGCCGCCGGGGCCGGAACUGACAGCGCGGCCUGCACUUCCGCCCGCAAAGGAGACCCGGGCCCGGCUGGGGAUCGUCCCGGGGAAGAGGACGCCGGGACCGCCACCUCGGGCGCCGCUGGGGAGGAACUUGUCUCCGAACCGGAACGGGACUUGGGCGGGCAAGCGGCGGCUACGACCGGUAUCGAGGAGACACCGCGUCCCGGAACGGGGAGCUCGUCCGGGGACCUAGCCAGGGGCCCUUCCGCCGGAAGGAGUGCGUGCGGAGCUCUCCGCGUGGGGACCCGCGUGGCCUGGGAAGACUCGGGCAGGGAGCCUUCCGAUCCAGCCAUGGCUGGUCCCGGGGCAGACAGCGGGGGACCUCUGUGUCCUCCUCUGCGGUGUCAUCAGGAUGAAGCAUCCCUGACUCUGCUAGUUCAAGUGCCUCGGAUCCAGCCGCAAAGUCUUCAAGGGGAUGUGAGCUCCCUCCGGUACAAACUGCGCUUCUCCACCCAAGACUUAGUUUAUUAUUCCUUCUUUUUGCAGUUUGCUCCAGAAAAUAAAUUGAGUAUCAAAGAACCAGCGGUUAGCAUCUCUCCAAACAAUGCAGUAAUAGAACUGGCCAAAUCUCCAGAGUGCUAUGGACAUUGGAGAGAGUGGUAUUAUGGUUUAAACAGCGAUUCUUUGGAGGAAAGGUUAUUUGUCAAUGAAGAAAAUGUCAAUGAAUUUCUUGAAGAGGUCCUGAGCUCUCCAGUCCAACAGACAAUACCCCUAACUUCACCGUUAAUUGAAGUUCUUCAGGUUACUGAUAGUAAGAUUCAAAUUCACACAGAGUUGCAAGAAUGUAGUAACUCUGAACAGCUUCAUGAAAAGGAAGAAAAAGUCAACGAAGGAAGUCAUCCAACUAAAAAAAAUAUAGAACAUCCUACCACCUCAACAACUGCUUCUGAUUCAUCUAUAGCAGUUAAAGUACGAGAAAUAGACAGUUGUGGUUCAGAUGAAUACUUGCAACAAGAGUCUCUUGAUGUGUCCCAAAUGUUAUUUGGAAAGUCUCAACGACCUGAGUUAAAAAUAGAACCUGAAUUUGUAAAAGAAAAAGGUGCUGUUUACUCAAGUGAGGAGAAAGAUAAUUUAAAAGAACCAGUAAUGACUAAAGAGGAAGAAUUAACAGUUCAGAAUAUACCUGGUUUUGACAACAUAAAAGAAACCAAUAUGCAGGAUGGUAGUGUACAGAUUAUUAAAGAUCAUGUGACUCAUUGUGCAUUCAGUUUUCAGAAUUCUUUGCUAUAUGACUUGGAUUAAUUCUUCAGAAUUUAAAAGUUAAGACAGAAAAUUUUUGGACUUAAGUUCUAUUUCUGUAAACUACUACCUUAAAACCAAAGAUACUCAAGAAAGUAUAUUUUGGAUUUAAAAUAGGUUUUCUGUUUACUCUCUAAAAACUGAAGAUAUUCAAGAAAUUGAAAUUUGCAAUUUUGAUUCUAAUAGGGAAACUGGAGAUAAUUUUUUGCAUGUAGAGUUUAUACAGCUUCAGGGAGAUAAGUUUUGUGAUUCCUCUGAGAUGUAUAUUCUGAGAGUUAAACAUUUAGUUUUAAUAUAACCUGUAUAUAUUUACUUCUGUGUUUGUUUUCAGCUUCUUUUGUUUACCAUUACACUUUAAUAAAGUUUCAAGAUAUUCACUAAGUUGUGUCUAUCACAAAAAGUAACUCUCAAGAAUGUUAACUAGAAAUAUGAGUUGCAUUUGUAAGGGAGACAGAAUCUCAAAACUGUGUUUAGAAAUAUCACUAAAUAAGAUGUAGUAUUUAUGCUUGAAAUAGAGAUUCUUAGAUGAAAGAACUUUACUAACCAAUAUUAAUAAUUCAAAUAAUUAUAUACAGAUACACUGAAAUUUCUUAUUUUUGCUUCAAAUCUGUAUCUUACUGUUCUCAUCUGUCACCAAAAAAUAUAUAUAUUUAAUACAGGUUAAUUAGUAAUGACUUUAAGGUGGCAGCAGGUAAUAUAUCUGUGGCUAAGUUAUUAAUUUUGUGGAAUAGUAUUUGUAUUUGAGGUCAGAAGAAAAUCCUAAUAGAUUUUUUUCUCACAAAAAUUUUUA